ACGUCAGCCAAUCAGCGCUCGCCUUACCAAGUUCUCGAUGUAAACGGAAUGGUGAAGCUUGUGAAGGAAAACAUUGUACGUCAAAUAAUGGGAUUUUCCUCAAAAAUUAGGAGAGGCUAGUUCACUGUUUCCUAAACACAGCACCUCCAUUUGGAUUGCUUGAGAGGAGUUGAAUGAGAAGAUCGUCAGGGGAAGAUUGCUCUUCAUCCGAAAAAAAUCAGAAUGCGCUUGUGAAGGAGUGUCGAGCUGUAUCACGAUGGAUGUAGAUGUUGGUGGGGCCAGUGUAUCGGACAGUGAGGGUUGUGGAAGCGGGCCGUCAUCCUCAGGGCACGGAGGGCAGAGUGGAGGGGGUGGAGGAAGCAAGCUGAAGAGGUCGAGCAGUGCCCCCAUGAUCAACCAGCUGGUGCCUCAAGGUCCUGUCUCCGCACCUCCAACUCCCUCGGCUGCCAGGGAGGUGGUGCUGGGAGAUGUCCAGGGAAGUCAGCCUCGGGUGCGGCGCUUCAGUGCCUCCUUUGGACCUGUUUCUCCUUUGUCUCCUGGUAGUACCCGAGGGAGUGGGCCACUUCGUGUAUGCCAGUUGCGUGUUGAAGAAGGCAUGGAUGUUGUAAACCGUGAAGCUGCCCAUGAACGCACAGUCCAGUCAACUCUUCAAAUUACUGACUGUCUGUCUCAGUCAUGGGAAGAUCUUACUUUAACUGAAGAUGUUGCCCGGCCAAAGUCUCACAGUGUGAGUGGUGGAAGUAUACCUGGCACUAUGGCCAGCUCCAUUAAUGUACCCAGCAGUAGUGUGGCUUCAAGUGUAUCAAGUUCUAUUACUGGAACUACAGGCAUGCCCAUUGUGCGUAGAGAUUAUACAGACCCUCUACACCUAACCAUAGUCCCAACAGUGGCUCCCCUCACUGGAUGUGGUGCUUCCCCUACAAGGGGUGUUGGACGUCAGUGCUUCUCCCCUUCCCUUCAGCAACAUGUCCGCAACACCUCCUUCUGCCCCUCUCCAUCUCCUACUAAAAAGACUUUUGCUACAAGACGUAGCCUAAGUCCCAUUGCAUUACGGCCAUCACCCCUUGGAGCAGGUCUCAAGCGCAAGUGGGAAAUGGAUGAACGUUGCGAACCCUUCCUAACGCCUAGCAAGCGUGCCUCCACAUGCACCCCUGAUCGCUGCAUAGGGGGAUUACUUAUUACUCAGCCUCACAGUGUUGGCAGUCUAGAGAGUACACCAAGCCCUGCAGGUCCAGGGUCACUUGGGAGUGUUGGUACUCCAGAAUCUGUAUGUUCCUCUGGAUCCCCUGGUCUUUCCACAGCACCAUAUUCACCAGCAUCCUUGGCUGAAACCCCUGCCCCAACUCCUGAUCCUCCCCCUCACUUAUUCAAGCCAGUUUCCCCAGCAUUAACAACAGAUCAAACAGCCUCAUUUUCCAACCAAGAUCAUUCUGACCGCUUUGGAGCACAGGAUCAUGGGAAUCGCUUUGGAAGUCGAGAUCAUAAUGAACGAUUUGGUAGUCAAGAACACAGUGAACGCUUUGGAGGAAGAGAGGUGCGGGAUCGUUUCAGCGGCCAAGAGCAUAACGAACACUUUGGUGGCCAAGAACAUACGAGUCGUAUUGGUAGUCGAGAGCACAGGGACCAGUUUGGCAAUCAGGAGCAUGGAGACCAGUUUGAUGGACAAGUAAAAGGAGCUGACACUAGUGAUGGAAGCAGCAGUGAUGCUAUGAUUACUGAGGAUGUACCUACUACUGACCUCAAAAGUUACCAGGAUAUGGACCUGAGUGAAUCAUUAACACAACCUCCUCUCAACAUCUGACAUCACCUUUGACUGUCACACAUUAGGCUCACUUGGCAAACCACUACAGGUAGUAGGAAAACAGCCAGUGUAGCUUUAGUGUGAACAGUAGCACAGUAUCAUCAUUACCAUGUAUCAUCUAGUGUUAUUUGUGGACAGGUAUAGAUAUCUAUGUGAUAUGUAGACUUCCUCUCCAGUACUAACCUGCAAAGCUGUGAUGUCAUUGUUUGAUGUGGCAGGUGCACUUCUCUUUGCAAACCCUAUUGAGUGUGAUUAAUGUUAAAAAAUUUGAGGACAGAAUCUUGACUUCUCUGGAAGCUAUGCUAGAACCAUGCAUUUAAGUGCACAUCUAAUAAUUCCCCUUCUGAGUGAGGAAUUUUGGUCAGUUGAAGCUUUAUGUCACAUAUAUUGAACCUUGAAUUACUCUUUCUCUUCCCUAGACAACUCCCUUCAUUUAUUUGUGAUAUUUAUCAUCAUCAUCUUACUCCUGGGCUAAACUUGACAUAUCUGUAUCCAUAUUGUAUGCAUAAGUGUUGUCUAUCUUGCUAUACUGUAACAUGAAUGGAUUAUCUUGUGUUGACUAGUCGCAUUGUAUCAAACAAUACUAUAAGCUUGGGGACUGAUAUUAGAACUAUUUAGUAAUGACAAGUAGAACAUCUGACUUGGGGGAAAGUGUAUCCUACAGUAUUCUGCAUUCUCCGAAGAGGAUACCUUUAUUUUAGUUAGCUCUUCAACAAUUUUGUGCCACAUUUAAACAAAGUUUAAAUAGAUUGUUAUGCUGAGAAUUUGUUGAAUCUUAACAUUUCAUAAUAUUUCUGACUACAUAAGUCAAUAUUAUGCCUGUAAGAACAUUUUCAGUGACCCUUAGUAUGUCUGAACCUGGAUCUGUGAUUCAUGGAAUAUGUCAUAAAACAAAAUAGAUC